AUGCCCCCAGAGGUGCCUUAUUGCCGUUCUCUUGUGACUCCAGUAUUAGUUCGAUCCUUGAGUCCAGUUUCACCUGAGGCAAAACAAGAGUUACCUUUUACCCACAAACAUUGGCAAAGAACCAAAAAGAUGAACUUUACCAAGAAAAAAGUCAUCCCUUCUCUUGUUUUGAUCCUAGCAACCGUUUCAAUCCUCAGACUUAUUAGAAUCACAGUUACUUCAUAUUCUUCUUCUUCUUCUUCUCCACCACCACCUGCUUUUACUCCUCUCCAAAAAGAAGCAUGUGCUUCACCUUCUCCAUCUUGUACUCAACUUCCCUUACAUGAAUCUAUGUCCUCCACGAAUCGAAUAGGAACUUUAGCAAAUAUGACUUGGCUGACAGAAAAAGAAUUCCAACUCCUAUCAAAUCUGGUCACUCGUAGAGCUCCCUGCAACCUCCUCAUUUUUGGGCUUGAACAACAAUACACAUUCCUUGCAUCAAUCAAUGCUGGCGGCACCACCAUCUUUCUAGAGGACGAUCCUGAUAAGCUAAGAACGAUCAAGAUCAAGACAAAGCUCAACACGACAAAAAUCUACAAGGUUGAGUAUCAAGUACCUGCAAAAGAUGCAUACAAACUGCUAAAGCAUGCAAGAAAAAGCCAGGCUUGCACAGCAAGCUCGGGACGACUUCAAAUGUCGAAAUGUCGACUGGCAUUGAGAAAUUUACCGCAAGAAGUUUACGAUCUAAAAUGGGAUGUGGUGGUCGUGGAUGGACCAAGCGGAAAUGCACCGGAAGCACCAGGUAGGAUGGCAGCAAUAUAUAGUGCAGCUGUGUUAGCAAGAAAUGGGAAUGAAACAAAUGUAGUAGUACAUGAUGUAGAUCGGACAAUAGAGAAAUGGUUCUCCUGGGAGUUCUUAUGUGAUGAGAACUUAGUUUCUUCUAAAGGGAAAUUAUGGAAUUUUAGGAUAAGAGGUCAAUUGAAUUCUACAAGAUUUUGUUCUUCUGAACCAGUUAUGCUAGUCUAAUAGCUUCUCUUCUUUCCCCUUAAGUUUUUGUUGUUUUGAGGUGUAAGUACAAAGAAAAACAAAAGUUCAAUCGAAAUAUACAAGCAAGAGAAGUCUAAUACAA